AUGGGCAACGCGGGGAGCGUGGACGCGCAGCAGCCGGAGCUGCGGGCACACAGCGCGCCCCUCAAGCUGCCCAUGCCCGAGCCCGGAGAGCUGGAGGAGCGCUUCGCCGUCGUGCUGAAUGCGAUGAACUUGCCGCCCGACAAAGCCCGGCUGCUGCGGCAGUACGACAACGAGAAGAAGUGGGAGCUCAUCUGCGACCAGGAAAGAUUUCAAGUGAAGAACCCUCCGCACACGUACAUCCAGAAGUUGAAGGGCUAUCUGGACCCGGCAGUGACCAGGAAGAAAUUCAGAAGACGAGUCCAAGAGUCUACUCAAGUACUCCGAGAACUGGAAAUUUCUUUGAGAACAAAUCACAUUGGAUGGGUCAGGGAGUUCUUGAAUGAGGAAAACAAAGGCCUGGAUGUCCUGGUGGAGUACUUGUCGUUCGCACAGUACGCGGUCACCUUUGACUUUGAGAGUUUGGAGAACAACGUGGAAAACUCCAUGGACAAGUCCAAACCUUGGAGCCGAUCUAUUGAGGACCUGCACCGAGGCAGCAAUUUACCCUCGCCAGUUGGCAACAGCAUCUCCCGCUCGGGCAGGCACUCCACGUUACGGUACAAUACCUUGCCAAGCCGAAGAACGCUAAAAAAUUCCAGAUUAGUGAGUAAAAAAGACGAUGUUCACGUCUGCAUCAUGUGCUUGCGUGCCAUAAUGAACUACCAGUACGGGUUCAAUAUGGUGAUGUCGCACCCGCAUGCUGUCAAUGAAAUUGCACUGAGCUUGAACAACAAGAAUCCCAGGACAAAGGCCCUCGUCUUGGAACUCCUAGCCGCUGUGUGUCUCGUCAGAGGAGGGCAUGAAAUCAUUCUGUCUGCGUUUGAUAACUUCAAGGAGGUGUGUGGAGAGAAACAGCGCUUUGAGAAGCUGAUGGAGCACUUCCGAAAUGAAGACAACAAUAUAGACUUCAUGGUGGCCUGCAUGCAGUUCAUCAACAUCGUGGUCCACUCGGUGGAGGACAUGAACUUCCGAGUCCACCUGCAGUAUGAAUUUACAAAACUGGGCCUGGACGAGUACUUGGACAAAUUGAAACACACGGAGAGCGACAAACUGCAGGUGCAAAUUCAAGCUUACCUGGAUAACGUUUUCGACGUGGGAGCAUUACUGGAGGACGCUGAAACCAAGAAUGCAGCCCUGGAAAGAGUUGAAGAACUGGAAGAAAAUAUUUCCCAUUUAUCUGAAAAACUCCAAGAUACGGAGAAUGAAGCUAUGGCAAAGAUUGUGGAACUGGAAAAACAGCUCAUGCAAAGAAACAAAGAACUGGAUGUGAUUCGGGAAAUCUACAAGGAUGCAAAUACCCAGGUUCACACCUUGAGAAAAAUGGUGAAGGAAAAAGAAGAAGCCAUCCAGCGACAGUCAACGCUGGAGAAGAAGAUCCAUGAACUGGAGAAGCAGGGGACCAUUAAGAUCCAGAAGAAAGGCGAUGGUGACAUCUCUAUUCUCCCUGUGGCUCUGGCCUCCGGGAUGGUGCCGGCAGGCUCAGAGGCUGUGGCUGGCGCCUGUGUCACACCGGUUGCUGGAGCCGCAACUUCUGUCCCCUUGCCACCACCUCCACCACCAUUACCAGCCUUAGCAGCAGCAUCGGAGGCAGUGCAAAACGGCCCUGUGACGGUGCCAAUGCCGCCUCCACCCCCGCCUCCACCACCACCUCCGCCGCCGCCACCUCCUCUCCCAGGUCCAGCCUUGGAGACCGCUCCUGCAGCUCCUCUGCCCCCGCCGCCCCCGCCGUCAGCUCCCCCCCUGCCCGGGACAGCCUCUCCCACCGUGGUUUUCAACUCAGGGCUUGCAGCUGUGAAAAUCAAGAAGCCGAUCAAGACCAAGUUCCGCAUGCCAGUGUUCAACUGGGUCGCCCUCAAACCCAACCAGAUCAAUGGGACAGUCUUCAACGAAAUAGAUGACGAAAGGAUCCUGGAGGAUUUAAACGUGGAUGAAUUUGAAGAAAUAUUCAAAACAAAAGCCCAAGGUCCAGCCAUUGAUCUGACUUCAAGCAAGCAAAAAAUAACUCAGAAAGGGUCGAACAAAGUCACGUUACUGGAUGCGAACAGGGCCAAAAACCUUGCCAUUACUUUAAGGAAAGCUGGAAAGACGGCAGAUGAAAUAUGCAAAGCUAUUCAUGUGUUUGACCUGAAAACGCUACCAGUGGAUUUCGUGGAAUGCCUCAUGCGGUUCCUGCCCACCGAGAACGAAGUGAAAGUGCUGCGGCUCUACGAGAGGGAAAGGAAACCCAUCGAGAACCUGUCCGACGAAGACCGCUUCAUGAUGCAGUUCAGCAAGAUCGAGAGGCUGAUGCAGAAAAUGACCAUCAUGGCCUUCAUAGGCAACUUCGCAGAAAGCAUCCAGAUGCUGACCCCGCAACUUCACGCAAUAAUAGCUGCGUCUGUCUCAAUAAAGUCGUCCCAAAAGCUUAAGAAAAUCCUGGAGAUAAUCUUGGCUCUCGGUAACUACAUGAACAGCAGUAAGCGAGGAGCUGUGUAUGGAUUUAAACUACAGAGUUUAGACCUGCUCUUAGAAACAAAGUCAACAGACCGAAAGCAAACCCUGUUGCACUACAUUUCCAAUGUUGUCAAGGAGAAGUACCAGCACGUAUCCCUCUUCUACAACGAGCUCCAUUACGUGGAGAAGGCUGCUGCAGUGUCUCUUGAAAAUGUCCUCUUGGACGUGAAAGAGCUCCAGAGGGGCCUGGACCUGACGAAGCGUGAGUACACCAUGCACGACCACAACACGAUGCUGAAGGAGUUCAUUCAGAACAAUGAAGGAAAGCUGAAGAAGCUGCAGGAUGAUGCCAAAAUAGCCCAGGAUGCCUUUGAUGAUGCUGUGAAGUACUUCGGGGAGAAUCCCAAGACAACGCCCCCCUCAGUCUUUUUCCCGGUGUUUGUCCGAUUUGUGAAGGCCUACAAGCAAGCAGAAGAAGAGAAUGAGUUGAGAAAAAAGCAGGAACAGGCCUUAAUGGAAAAACUUAUGGAACAAGAAGCACUGAUGGAGCAACAGGACCAAAAGUCUCCUUCACAUAAAACAAAGAGACAGCAGCAAGAGCUAAUUGCAGAGCUCAGACGGCGGCAAGUCAAGGAUAAUAGGCAUGUGUAUGAAGGGAAGGAUGGUGCUAUCGAAGACAUUAUAACAGUGCUGAAGACUGUGCCCUUUACAGCUCGAACCGCCAAGCGUGGCUCUCGGUUUUUCUGCGAACCUGUUCUCACUGAGGAAUUCCAUUACUAAACUAUUCCUCUUUCACAUCUGAUGCUCUUAGACAAAAAAAAGAUCUUAGAAACCAGCCGUACCGACGGGCCGAUGCGGUGAGGAGAAGCGUCCGGCGGCGCUUCGAUGAUCAGAACUUGCGCUCUGCAAACGGUGCUGAAAUAACCAUGUGAGCUGGAGACCUGCGCCUGCAAAGCCGAGGGGGUGCUCGAGCGAUACCUUGUCCAUGUGAACUGUGUGCUCUGCCGCUUUCCUGACAGCCUUGGGACCGGUCACGGUACUUUCCAAAGGGCUCAGAGACCUAGAAAAUGCAUAGGAACGUCAGCGAUGGGCUCUCCACUCAGCUGUAGCUAACAAGUGCCUAAAACUGAAGUACCUGCUCAAAUUAAUCAAAGCAAUAGGACUUGAUUUGAUUGGGUAUCUUUUUACACCAAUACGUUACUCAGUAUUUUUAACCAAAAUGUAAAAUAUGUGUUGGUUUCGGGUGUUUGGUUUGGUUUGAUGAUAUAAAAGUUUAGCGAUCGGCCGUCUGUCGACCGUACCUGGAUCCCGACUGGUUGUGAACAGGUGGUACCGGGAUGUGCUCUGCGGAGAGCUCCCUGAGCUCGGAAACGCGUUCCUGCGCUGUCAGCUGAGGGAUUUACCUUGGCUUCAGAUGCACUUAUUGGCUUUUUCUUUUUUUUUAAAAAAAGAAACAAAACACUUAAGGGCUUUUUCUGUAUGUACUAGGGAGAUGAUGACAAGAAGACCCGUUCCUUUUUCCACCAUACACAGACUCCACAGCACUGUAGGUAGGACGUGGGAACACGUAGGUCAGCGAUCACACGAUUAGUAACAAACGAACACUGUUCUUCUCCUUAGGAUUCUGAUUUUGGCGGUGUGCAAUGCGGGGCUGAGGCAUGAGGGAUACUUGCGGGGACAAACGCAUUGCAAAUGCACAGAAGGAGAAUGGUGGCUGCAGGCAGUUACUGUGCUCUUCAGAUAGGGGCAGCUUUUGAGUAACAGUGUAUUUAUUAAUUAGCACUAAGGUAUUAACAUCUCAGUAAUCAGUAUUAGGCUUCUGAGGACCAUUCCAGUUCAGUUACUAGCACAGAGAACUCAUCCCGUGCCCUGCUGUGUAGGAUUAACAUCCCCUUACACCCCAGUUCGCAUCUACGUUGUAACCCCCCGGCGUCCUUCGACAAUCGAGUUCAAAUUAAGUCCUAAGGUUCGUUUGUUGGGUUCAUCUGUUCAGUAACACUCCAGACGGGUUCCACAUCGCAUUUCCAAAGCUUCAAAAGGGACGGGAGCUGCGCUGUGCACGCCCCGCUGCCAGUUUGCCCCAGUACCCCAGAGUAACGGGACACAGCGCUCCGUGCCGGCCGGGCACUCGAUUUUCUCAGACGUGAAGAACUGGACUGCAGAUCAAGUUGUACUUUCCAAGAUACAUUUUGCUUACAGCUUACCUUUCCUGGUAUCGAUGCAUCAAUAUGUUAAUUGUAAAAUUUAUUGUAUAGUAUUUAACCACUGAAUUUCUUUUCUUUUACGUUGUGCUUAUGUGAACCACUGGUGAAGGUCCCAUUUUCCUCGGAUAAUGUGUAGUUAUAUGAUAAUCUGUUUUUAAAUGUACAGAUAUUUUGCUACAAAAUUGGUGCAGUUUUUUAUGGUUUUUACACUUCUCUUUUAUUCCCACUUUAGCCUCUGGGUAAUAUUGUAAAUAUUGUUUAAAAAAAUGCAUCAGCCUGUGCUAUACAAUCUGAAUGUUAUUUUAACUUAUAGUUUUUGUUUUUAUAUUUAACUAAAUGGACAGUUUGGGGCUCAGUUACCACAUUGACCUCUGCUUACCUAUUUACAGGAAGUUUACUUUAAAACUGCCACCUUCUUGCAUUUACAGCAACAUGUACUUGACAUGCUAAAGAGAACAUGCCACAUGGCCUCUUUCUUCACUGCUCGUGACAGAAGAGUGUUUGAAUCUGUGUAAAAAAUUUGGCAAUUAAUUUAAUAAUUUGGUAGUCAAACUGGUUGAAACCAGUAGCUUUCAUAUUCUUAAGCUCAAAGGUAUUUUUUUUAAAACUUCAGACAAAAAUUCUCAUUCAACUGGACUCUAACGCUGGCAUGUUCUCUUUAAUAUUUUUCUAGUAAUAGACCUGCUUCUUAGCAAUAUUAGAAAUGUUUUAUAAAAGCAGUUCAUGUUACUUUCCUGGUCUGUUCCUGGCAUAAGAUCAAAUAAACUAUUUACACUACUA